AUGCUUUUCCCCCUGCUUUGCUGGGCUGAAAUCUGCCUGCUGCUGCUCUGCGGGGGCUGCCAGCUGGAGGAGCCGGUGAUGGGUUUGAAGGAAGCUGUGAAAUCUGAUAGCAUUGUUGCAGCAGCCCUUGGUGGAGAGGCAAACUUCUAUUGCAACCUCUCGCUCUCGAUGGAUGUUUUGCAAGUCACCUGGCAGAAGAAAAAUGGGUCUUCCUUCCAGAACAUAGCCACCUACAGCCCAUACCAUGGGCUGAGGCUGAUAGGGUCAUUUCAGAAGAAGGUGCGUUUCACUAGAGCAACCCUGAAGGCCUCAGCUAUCACACUCCAAAAUCUCACGUUCGAGGAUGAGUCCUGUUACAGAUGCAUUUUCAAUGUGUUCCCGCAUGGCUCUUUCAGCAAAGAUAUAUGCCUCAACAUCCAAAGUAAAAACAGAAGCAUGAAUAGAUCAGGAGUAAAAAUCCUGGGUUUUGGUUUCCCCAAUACCAAAGGUGUUCAGAAGAGCAGAAUCAUCGUGGUGGUCUUAAUAGCUGUGGUGUUCUUAACAAUCUUGAUACGCUGUGUCAUGAGACUGAUCAACAGAAAAAGGAAAAAACUGAAGAGACAUAGUGCACCCAGAAUACCUGCAAAGGAGAAAGGCUUACACCGAGACCUAAGCGAGAAAGCCGUGAGCAUGCACAAGCCAAAGGACCAGCACAUUGUUUAUCAAAACGAGGAGCAGUCACCAGGCUCCUCACUUCACAAAAGGCUACCAGGUCUGAAGAGAAACCUGACAGAAAAAAAAAAUUGCAGGCGCUUGUUUUCAGAGGAAGUGGAGAACCUGAACAGCAAUGUCCACAGCGUGUUUGAGAGGGCACCUCUUGGGUUAUGUGUCAAGGAGCUCGACUGCACGCCCAUGAAGGAGGACAGAGGGUCUUUUGGUAUCCAGCAAGCCUAUCCCAGGUAUCAAGAAAUUACAACCACUGUAUCCAAAGACAUUCAGGAGCAACACAACGAAAUUACUUUGAGGGUUGUCCUGCGGUGGACGCUGACUGUGGUCACUGGAAGUGAAGGUAUUGAAAGGAACUGA